UGUCGUCUUGUCUGUCGCCUGGAUGCAUCACUCCGGCAGCAUGAGACAGAUGGUGUUGGCGGCGGUGUGUGUGGUGGGUGUCGUGGCUCGGCCCAGAGUGCCAAGCAACUCCCCGCACCUCUACAUCCCCACUUAUUCAUCUCAGCCCCACAAGCCAGGCCCCUUCCAGGCCCAUGGUCCUUCAGAGAGCCCUACCUACGCCCCUGAUUCGCGUAUUCCCGACGGAGACCAUCAUAGAAGGACCCCGAGCACCCCGACUUUCAUCCCCAUCGUGAAGGACAUGAGGUUCACGCCUGGCAGGGGCGUACACAACCUGGACGUGGAGACCGGGAACGGUAUCAGGAUGGUGCAGCAGGUGGCCCCCAGCCAGCUGACAAGUGGCUCUGUCUCCAAGGGCGGCUACAUCUUCACACACCCAGACGGCACGGUGCACGAGGUGACCUAUGUGGCUGACGAGAACGGCUACCGCCCCUCCUCGGACCUGCUGCCCGUCGCCCCAGUCAACCCGCAUCCCAUCCCUCCCCACGCCCUGAAGCAGAUAGAGAAGGCGAAGCUGGAAGACGAGCUGAGGGCGCGGGAAGCUGAAGCUGGUGGUGAGUACGAGGGGAGGGAAGGGGAGGUCCCUCUCCAGCAGCUUCGACGUCCUCAUCCCCAGCAGGAGCCAUACCAGGACCAGUUCGACGGUCAGGCCUCCCAGUACAAUGAACAAAUCUCCCAGUACAACCGGUAUUCCACUCCGUAUAAGGAACCGAUUCUCCAAUACAAGGAGAAGACAUCCCAGUACGAGGAAGGACCGUCCCAGUACAACGAAGAUACGUCACGGUACAACGAACAUCCAUUCCAGUAUAAUGAAAUGCCUUCCCAGUAUACCGAACAGCCCUCCCAGUAUAACGAACAACCUUCCCAGUACAAUGAACAGCCUUCCCAUAUUAACAAAAAACUCUCCCAGUAUAACGAACAGCCUUUCCAUUACAAUGAACAGCCUUCCCAGUAUAAUGAACCCUCCCAGUAUAAUGAACAGCCCUCCCAGUAUAAAGAAAAGGCCUCACAUUUUAGCGAACAACCUUCCCAGUUUAACGAACAACCCUCCCAGUUUAACGAACAGCCCUCCCAGUUUAAAGAACAACCCUCCCAGUUUAACGAACAGCCCUCCCAGUAUAAAGAAAAGGACUCACAUUUUAGCGAACAACCUUCCCAGUUUAACGAACAACCCUCCCAGUUUAACGAACAACCCUCCCAGUUUAACGAACAACCCUUUCAGUAUAACGAAGACAUCCCCCAUUAUGAUGAACAAACAGCCCCAUAUAAAGAAGAGUUCGUUGAGUACGAUGAGCCAGAACACGAGUACGAGAGGCAGCCUUCCCAGUACGCACCGGUUCACUACGACUCUGACCCGUAUGAACAAGAGCUAGAGGCGACCUUGUUUUACCCUGUAGUGGCCAACCAGGAGCCAUACUAUGCCCAGGCUGAGGUCCGGGACGAGCCAGUCUACCCGCUGGAACAAACCACCCAGGAGGCAAUCUACCUGCCGGUGGAAGACGGUGAGGUGCCGGUGUACAUCCCUGUCCAUCUCCGGGAAGAGUUGGAAUUCGUUGUCCCAGACCAAGAGGAUCAGGAGGAACCUUUGGGCCAGGAUAAAGAGUCGCUGGAAGAUCAAGAUGGACUUGAAGAAGGACACGAAGAGGAGGAGGAGGCCUUUGAAACUGUUGACGAUUCGCCCGUUCCAUUAUACAGUGAGGCUGUUUUCCUGAGGGAGAGCGUAAGGGACGCUCCUCCUACCCUCAGUGAGACUCAAUACAAGCGGGUCCAAGCCAGGGGCCCUGCUCGUGGACAAGUUCAGUCCGACGAGGAAGCUGAAGACAGCUUAGUGCGGGGGCAGCAAAAGUUUGAUUAUGGCAAAAUUGAAAUCAAAGAUGAACCAACACACGAACACGUCCAAACUCAAGAGGAACCCGAUUAUGAACAAAUCCAAAAUCAAGAAAAGUUUAAUUAUGAUCCAGCCAAAGAGGAGCCAAAACACGAUCGAAUUCAGGGCUAUGAAAACCCUGAAUACAGACAAGUUGAAAACAUUGAGAAACCCACAUACAGCCAGCUCCAGUCACACGCAAAGUCAGAACAAGUCCAAACCCAGACAGAACAGGAAUAUGAUAACGCUCCAGUCCGGACCCAAAAACAACCGGAAUACAGCCAAGUCAGGGUUGGUCAGGAACCCCAACAAGACCAGAAUGGUGAAAUCACAAAUGAUCAAGUUCAAGUCCACGAGGAACUUGCAUAUACCCAAGUUCAACCAAAUAAUGAACCACAACAUGCUGCUGAAGUCCAACAGGAGUCCGAGUCACAGCAAGUCCAAGUCCAUGUCACAGCAGAACACGAACACAACACAUUAACCUCCCAAGAGGAACCACAACCUGAACCUGAACCACAACCUGAACCGGAAUUUUUGCUUGAACCCAAGUCUGUGCCUGAACCACAUACUGAACCUGAACCACAUACUGAACAUGAACCACAUACUGAACAUGAACCACAUACUGAACAUGAACCACAUACUGAACCUGAAACACAUACUGAACAUGAACCACAUACUGAACAUGAACCACAUACUGAACCAGAAACACAUACUGAACCUGAAACACAUACUGAACCUGAACCACAUACUGAACAUGAACCACAUACUGAACAUGAACCACAUACUGAACAUGAACCACAUACUGAACCUGAACCACAUACUGAACAUGAACCACAUACUGAACAUGAACCACAUACUGAACAUGAACCAUAUACUGAACCAGAACCACAUACUGAACCUGAACCACAUACUGAACCAGAACCACAUACUGAACCUGAACCACAUACUGAACCUGAACCACAGUUUGUUGAACCUGAACCACAGUUUUUGUUUGAACCAAAGUCUGCGUUUGAACCACAUACUGAACAUGAACCACAUACUGAACAUGAACCACAUACUGAACAUGAAUCACAUACUGAACAUGAACCACAUACUGAACAUGAACCACAUACUGAACAUGAACCACAUACUGAACAUGAACCACAGCCUGCGUCUGAACUCUUCUCCACUGAUGAACUAAAGUCUGGCAGACAGGAGACAAAGGAGUACGGCGUCCCCCACCAGGCGACCUCUGUCUUCACCGUCGCCACGCCUUCAGACCAGUGAGGAGCGUCCUCUCAACACCUCACCACCUACCCCUCCUGUCCACGAUAUAUACAUUGCCUCCAACAGGCAUACGAUACGAAAACGUCUCAUAUAUAACGUAAAAGGUUCUGGCAGUCCUGUGUGUAGCUCAGAGUUCUAGAGUCUCCCUCGUGGUAGACACAACUCGCAAGAUGAGACAUAGAGAACUCCUUCACCCAGAGAAUGAGUUGCUUAUAGAACGUUUGUGAUAACUAUCGAUAUCUUUUUUCUCUUGGCCACAAAGGACAGUCCCGCCCCCACCCCCCGGGUCCUGGGGCUGUGUGGCUCCACAUCAGGUUCCUUCACUGUCAACACUUGAUUGUGAAUUUUGUCAUGGCGCUGGUCGCUGCCUCUUCAUCUCCACUAAGUUGUUAUUGUUGUAAUUGUUGUAUGUUGCAUAGCAAAAAUGUAUGUAUUUACUGUGUAAAUAGUUUGCUUAUGUGUUUUUUAUGUAUUUAAUGAUUAAUUUACAAAUAUUAAAG